AAGAAGAGGUGCUUCUGCCGAGGGAAGGCCAUUUGCAGCUGCGCUUUCGAAGACAAGUUUUUUUUUUAAUAUUCUGACUGAACGUUGGCCCCAAUGACCGACGGUCUUGCGCCAGCGGAAGUUGCCGGCGUCGCCGCUGGCCCUGGAGCCAAGCGUCCGACUCCAGAGCCACCGCAGUGCUCGUCGUCGGAACAGGCCGCCGAGACACGCUUCAAAGGGGUGUCCUCCACGUCGUCCUCUCCACCGCCGCGGUCAGCGUCUACACUUCCGCCAGGCUCACCCGCCAUAUCGCCCACCCAUUCGACCCCCAGGACGUUGAAACCGCCCAUUUCAACGCCACAGUCGCCGCCCAAAUCGCCGCCAAGCUCGUCGUCUAAGCGGCCUUCGCAAUCGCCACCCGAACUGCCCCUUCAGCCGGUACCAGUGAAGCCUUCGAAAGCCCGUAAGGUCUCAGCACCGGACGCCAGCCACGGUGCACCAGCCAGCAGUGGCAAGCCUGCCACUGCUGGCUGGGAGUCGCCGUCGGUGGUGUACAUGCGCCGUUGGCUGCAGACACACCGUAUCUGGAUGUGCCGGUGCACCCUGACCAGCACGCUGGCCCUGUUGGCCGCGGCUGUGCUGGUCUUCGCCUGCUUCCGCCAGGAUAUCUUCUACCCCAGCGAGCUGUUUGGGCGGCCGUCCCUGUACCUCUGUUCGAAGGCGGCCGAGGAGGUCCGCGCCACCCUCAACUUCACCGUCGAUCCUUGCGACGACUUCUACUCGUUCGUCUGCAGUGCGGGCGGCCACUUCGCGGAGCGGCAAGGCAGGGAUUUCAAAGGCCCCGUACGCGGCGAAGGCACGGCGUUUGUUUGGGAGGAUAUUCAAUGGAAGCUUAUGAGUGUCCCGUGGGAAACGGACAGGCAGGGUGUGGAGAACAAGGCGUCCCGAUUCUUCAGGUCGUGUCGACGCCUGGUCGCCGCGCCCACAGUCUACGUCAAAGAACAUGCCGACGUGCUCUUCGCCGUCGUCCCAGAGGUGAGCGUCGACCUCCUUCGACAAGCGGACAGACCACCAGAAAGGACCCUAGAACUCUUGGCUGUAGUGUCCCUCAAGUACGGCAUCUCGGGGUCCUUGUCCUUCGCCCCUGGUCCGAAAGAGACGCGGAAUCUGGUGGCCGUCCGCCCUCCACUGUCGACGCACCUCGACGAUAUCGACCUGCGCCUGGUGCUGGUCGACACCGUUGAGAUGCUGCAGCUCGCGUACGACGUCGCCGCACACACCGUGCAGAGACUCCUGGAAAUAGAUCGCGACCUUCGUGAGGACCGGGCUUCGCCAAGCCAGCAAGAAAGAGAACCUUUGGGCAACUUUGAAGUUUCAAUGACUUCUGUUCCAGGAAAAGAUGAACGGGGCACUACUGGCACCAGAAGGCACGUCAAUGUAUCCCCGAGGAACGGUCAAGAACACAACGGCAGUCGUGGCGCGGAGGUGAGUUCAAGCCCCCACGAAAGCAGGCGAGAUUCUUCUGGUUCUUCAGCAGGUGGCGACGUCAUUGAAACCUUUCUUCCGCCUCCGAAGUACAGAGUUCAAGUCGGCGAUUUAGAAGCCGUCCGGAGAGCACUGCGCGCUCUGUUUGUGGACAUGAACGCGGCCGAAUCAGCCACGUACCUCCUCGCCUACAUGCUUCUGCCAGAGGACCUGCUGCUGACGUACGCGAACAGAAAUCACAAGGCCAUCUGUUACAAGCUGCUCCGGUUCGCUUUCCGGGACGUGUGGGGAUUCCUGGCGACGCGCGUGUCCCUUGCGGUCACCCACACCGGAAACGCGCGGUUCAUCACCGAGGCCGUGCUGGCGACGCUGAAAGACGCGUCAACGCGUCGCGGCGACAACCGCCACUCCGCGUCGGUUACUGCGGACAAAAUCGCAAAGCUUCUGGCGUCGCUGUCGCGCGACAAGAACUCCGCAGAACCGAGAUCGAUGGAGGCCCUGGGAAGCAUGGAUGUUCGAAGCCUUUACAGGAACAUCAUCGAGAUUGCCACAUUCCGGAGGCGGUCAAUGCCGCGAGAUGACAGCGUGAACAGCACGAAUGCGGACGCCAUCGGACGCGACCAGGCUCAACUGCGCGUCCCGGUGGAAGAUCUCGCGCCGCCUUCCUACUGCCAGGGCGCAUUCAGAUUUCUGAACUACGCCACUUUCGGCGUUUCCGUGGCGCUGGAGGUCUUCAGGGCACUCGGCGGGCUGUUCUCGGACGCUGGCGCACGUCCAUCGACGAGGACCGCCUCGGGCGUCGGCGGCGUCCGCCCCGUCAGGCCCUGCUUUGCCGCGGAGAUUGCAUCGCUGCCCGGGUCUGCGCUGAAGGGCGGCACGUCGCGCGAGCGACAGACGCUCCUGGACGAGGUGAUCUCGUGGGCGACCGCAUUCCGGCUCGCGCUAGCGGCCAGUAAACUCGAGCGUGCCAGGGCGCCGCGGGAGGUCGUGGAGUCGGACAUGCUGAAGGCGUUCUUCGCGCGUUACUGCUACCACCUCUGCGCGCGUGCCGAAGAUCCCUUCGACGCUGCGAGAUGGCCCAAGUUGAAGUGCAACAUUGCAGUCACGAAUGUGCCUGAAUUCGCGUCGCUGUUUAACUGCAAGCAGGAUAAGGCCCUUUUCAGGACCGAGUAUUGCUCCGCCCUCUGAAGUGAAGCCUUUUAUACGUGAACUUGCCCUGUUUGCACAUUAUUUACAAUGCCACCUUAUUUUCAUACUCCUGACAUACCUUUUCUUGUUUGUUUUUAUGAAUCAAUGGCUGCCAUACAUAUCACGUCACCGAGAAUAGACUUGGCUCAUAAAGGUACUAAUUGCUUAUUUUAUAAGAUUGCGUUUGGUAUAGCAGUGUAUCAUUCUAAUCUGCAGCUUAAAUAAUUCCGAACUUGUGUUAUUCUCAGCGCCUAAUACAUAUAACGUCAUGAUACACCUUUACCGGUUUCUUGUGUAAAUGGUUUUUCACAUCGCAUGCAGGUGUCGUGCAGAGGACCAGCGUGAAAACUGAGCGCACACUCGAUACACAAGAAAAAAGAUCAAAUUUUUACAAUUACUGGCUAUGGUUUCUCAGUUUUCAUUGCGCCAGCUCAAACGCGACAGAAGGGCACUCGUAGAGACACACCAUACGCGCAAAAACUCAUCAAACACGUUCGCACCCGCACUGUAGCACGUGAACUUUUUUGGGUGAAGGCAAUUGGUCAGUAAACCCGCACCUCGACCCGUUGUAUGAAACUCUAUGCCUCGACCACGUGUGACGUAGAAGUUAGGCCGUGCUUUACUGAAACUGAAAACCACAGUCCACACUGAUGAUGCGUCUCCACAGCCGAAGGAGGGCAAACAUACGAUGAUGAUAACAUGCAGGCGAGGAUCGACGUAUACGUAAUAAAUUUCUGUAUAUAUGACAUACAGCCAACAAACAAUGAGGGCAAGGAAAGCAUCGGGGUAUUAGCUGUGGUUGGUAUUGAAAUUUAUUAAAUAAUGCAGAAAAGGGAAAUGAAAGUGGACGAAAAGAUAACUUGCCGCCGCUGGGAGCCGAACCAACAACCUCCGUAUUACGUGUGCGUUAACGUUAGAUUAGUACGGAAGCUAAACCUUCAACGUUCUUACGACGUCCUUCGUAGGAUAUCCAAAAGUGGUCAUGCGACAGAUGUCCUGUUUGUUUUCGUUGUGGUGCAUGCAUCACUGGGACGCGAUUUGAAGGUCCUACCGCCGAAGAGGUGUUUUCACUUGGUCGAGGGUGUUGCAGGCAAAGUUUAAAGUUUGUGGGUUAGUUGUGGCAUUUCCGGUAGAAUGCCGAUUCGAGUGCUCUAUAGAGCUUUAUAAAUGAGUUUUGCGAAACGCGGGAGUUCAAAUUUGUUGAGAAUGGGCGCAUGCGUUGUGUUUAAUGUGCUGAAAAUGUUUAAGGUAUAUGCGAGUUAAUUACGCCCUUUGCUGUGACCCUUAUCGCUCGCUAUACACGAUGUUUCUCAGACCUCUGGCAGAAUUGAAUCUUGCACAGAGUUCACAUUUGU